AUGUCACACGACGGUCGCUGCCAUUCGUUGGAGGACUCGAGUGACCAGUCCAUGCUGGCCAUCCUCUCUACCACACCAGCUGUUCAUUCGUCAGCCGAGUUGUACGAGCCGGCGGCAGCGGCGACGGCACCCUACCCGACCGCGGGCGGGGUGUCGCGCCGGGCGACGGGCGGCGGCGGUGCCACGCGCAGACGACGCGGCCCUCGGGCUGUUGUGCCACCGGCGCAGCCGGGGCCAUCGGUCGUGCUGCUGUAUCACAUCGAAAAGACGGGCGGCUCGGCGGUGAUGAAGUGGCUCAAGCGGCAGACGCAUGCGCCAUCGCGGCUGGCUGCAGUCUAUUCGUACUCGCAGACGUCCUGCUUCUUUGCCCUGCACGCGGACCUCUUCCCUGGCAUGGAGCCGCGCUGGCGCGACAAGCUCUGCGGCGGCGCCGCGCCUCUCGACUGGCGCUCCUCGAAAGUUGCAGUCGAGUUCCACUCCUACUCGAAGGGCUUCUUCCUGCGCAGCGUGCGCCCUGCCCUCGCCGCGCUAAAGCGGCGGUACGCGGAGGCAAACGGCACGGUGGUGGCCGUCACGUCGAUCCGCGAGCCGGCGUCGCACCUGCUGUCCAAGUACCGGAUGUGGCCGCCGCGCACGGCCGACCGCAAGCACGCGGAGCGGCUCGGCCUCCCGCACGACCCUGCGCGGAUUGGCGCCGCGCUCGCGGCGUACCACCGCCCGCAGCACUGGGGCGGCGCGAUCGGCCGCGAGGCGUCGCAGUGGACGGCGUCGCGGCUCAAUGCGACGGGGCGAGAGGAGCGACGCCACUUUGCCGACGCGACGCGGCAGCCCCCGCCGCUCGAGCCGCCACCCGGCGCGAACGGCUCGAACGCGUCCGACAGCGGCUGCUCGGCGGCGCCGCUGCGCCGCGGCACUACCGAGGAGGCUGUGCCGACCGAGGACGCCAAGGCUGGAGAGGCGCUAAGGGCGGAGGUUGAGACCGCUUUCGACAUCUCGAGCACAGAGGCGAAGAAACUAUACGUACUGCGCCGGCGGUCGCGGAUGGUGAACGAGGCCGCGCGCGGCGCGAGGUGA